GCUGGAGAGCGUGGACUGGCGACGGCUGAGCGCCAUCGACGUGGACAAGGUGGCGGGAACCGUGGACGUGCUGACGCUGCAGGAGAACAUCAUGAACAUUACCUUUUGCAAACUGGAGGAUGAGAAGUGUCCGCACUGCCACUCCGGGGUGGACCCGGUGCUGCUGAAGCUCAUCCGCCUGGCGCAGCUCACCAUCGAGUACCUGAUGCACUCGCAGGAGUUCCUCACCUCCCAGCUGCACAGCCUCGAGGAGCGGCUGCACCAGAGCCUGGGCGACUGCGAGCAGAGCAAGGAGCUGCUCACCAAGCAGGCGGGGGAGAUGAAGCUGCUCAAGGAAGAGUGUAAGCGCAGGAAGAAGAUGAUCUCCACCCAGCAGCUGAUGAUAGAGGCCAAAGCCAGCUAUUACCAGUGCCAUUUUUGUGACAAGGCCUUCAUGAACCGCGCUUUUCUACAAAGUCAUGUUCAACGCCGCCACCCUGAAGAUUCUCACCUUGAGUAUAAGGCAAAGGCACAGACCGACAAGCUCCAGAAGGAGGUCGACAUGCUGAAGGAUCAGCUGCAGCUGACCAGGUCUCAGUUGGAGGCUGCCCAGCAUGCCCACGCGGUCCGAUUCUCCAAGGAAUAUGAAAUGCAGAAAACAAAAGAGGAAGACUUUCUGAAGUUAUUUGACAAGUGGAAAGAAGAAGAAAAGGAGAAACUAGUUGAUGAAAUGGAAAAAGUCAAGGAGAUGUUUAUGAAGGAGUUUAAAGAAUUAACUUCCAAGAAUUCGGCGUUAGAAUAUCAGCUGUCAGAAAUCCAGAAGUCCAAUAUGCAAAUCAAGUCCAACAUAGGCACAUUGAGAGAUGCACAUGAGUUUAAAGAAGAUCGCCCAAACCCCCAGGAUUUCCAAAAUGUGAUGCAGCUGCUUGACAGCCAGGAAAGCAAGUGGACAGCUCGAGUUCAAGCUCUCCAUCAGGAGCACAAGAAAGAGAGGGGCCGGCUCAUGUCACAUAUAGAGAAACUUCGAACCUCGAUGAUAGAUGAUCUAAAUUCAAGUAAUGUUUUGUACAAGAAAAAGAUAGAAGAGCUAGGCCAGAAACUCCAGGCACAGAACAAGCUGAUUAUCACGCAGAAACAGCAGAUCAAAGAGUUUCGCAGUAAACCAUUAAGCAGUGUCAGUGAACCCAAAGGGAAUUCUUUGACCUGGCAAGCUUUUGAAUCUAAAUCAGCUGCCCCAGCUGUACCUAUGAACACCUCCACCCCUCAGACUCUGGAAGUCAAAUCAAAUCUAACCAUGGCACACGAACAGGCAUUUUCGUCGCACGUACUGGAACCAAUAGAAGAACUUUCAGAGGAAGAAAAAGGAAGGGAGAGUGAACAGAAAUCAAGUAACAAGAGAAAUUUAAGGAAAGUUUUGAAGAUAAAUCCCUCCCUCACUAAGGGAAUAAAAACAGUCUUGGAGCAGAACUUGGUGGAGAAACUGGAAACCCUGGGCAUUAAUGCAGACAUACAUGGUAUUCCAAGUGAUCACUUGAAUAUUGUGAUGCGCACUAUGGAAUCAACAAGACAUGAGCGAGAAAGACAAAUACCGAACAUGCAGCAAAUCCGAGAGCUCCUGGAACAUCAGCUCAGCUGUAAAAUGGAGGAGAGAACCUUACUGUCUUCAGAUAAGUACAGUGUUUCUCAGAUGGACACGCUUUCAACUGGAGAAAUACCCAGGGCAAUCCAACUUCCUCCCAAAAGCAGACAGUUGGUUAGACAAAGACCUGUUUUUACUGAUAGGACGGCUGUUCCAAAAAAUAAGAAAAAUAUCAUAGAAGAUCAUCUUCACAGAAAGUCUUCAUCUACUUCGACACCUCCCUUCAGUUCAGAGGAGGAGCUGGACGACGAUGGCUUCAUUCAGGCGUAUGUGUCCCCGGAGUUACUUUCCGGACAGUUGUCCAGGAGCAACAAGAAUGGCGUUGGACAGAACGCUGUCAAAAGCGACACAGAGUGGACCGAAGGAAGUGAAGUCGAGGACUCCGAUGUUUCUCCCAAGCCUACAGGAACUGCCAUUAAAACGCUAACUGAAAAAGUCGAAAAGAUGGCCUCAUAUCACAGAAAUGUGAAUAAGCCAGUUGGUGGGAUUAAUGUUACUGAAGUGUUCGUGAUAAAAGAAGAAUUACAAAAAGAACUGAAGUGCUCAGAUGUGGAUGAAGACGACUGGGACAUAUCAUCCUUAGAGGAAGAAAAGUCUUUGGGGAAAAAAGCUGGGAAAGAACAGAAGGACCCUCCACUUGUGAAGAAUGAAUCGAAUUCCACUCAAGACUUCAAGAAAUGAGCUGCUUUAAAAAGCAGCGUAGUGCCUGAGGCUGACUGGAGUGACUCUUCAGAAGAUUCCCCAGAAACCAACAGUGUUCCGUGGUGGCCUGCACAAUUCUAAAGCCCCUGCCUUACGGUGUUUCUCUCAGUAACAAGGAUGCCACCUCAGAGAACAAGGGUCUCUUCAAUGGCACUUAAUACAGUAUUGAAAAACAAACUGUCAGCAGUAUUUUAAAGCAUGUAAAGGUGUUUCACAUCCGCGGCUAAAAAAUAACGUGCCAUUAAAGUCAGAAAAGGUGUUUUCAUCAGAAUGGUACCUCUAGUAUUAAGUGCAUUUUUUUCAACUUAUUUUUAAGUGAAACUUUUUAAUUUAUAGCAAGUUUUGGUUUGGAUUAUUACAGCUUUUUAAAAUAUUUUAUGUAUAUUGUCACAUUGGAUGCCUUGAUACUACAAAACUUAGUUCGUCUUUAAAUUGUGUUAGAGCACAGUAAAAUCAAGAGUUAGACUGAUUAUUUGUCAUAAUAGAAGUUUAGAAUAGUGAUAUAUAGCUAGGCCUACUUUAAAUACAUCUUCCUAAAUUUCUUGGUCACGUUCAUCUGAGUCACUGUAAGCAUGUUGCCACUGUUAUUUUCUGCGCCAUAAUCUUUUAUCUUGGAUAUUUUAUGAGUACAGUGUAGCUAUUUAAAAUGCCAAUUUAUCAGAAUACAAAUGGAAAAGAUUGAUUCAUUACUGACUCACGUGUAGGUAGUUUUUUUUUUUUUUUUGGACUUGAAAAAUACUCAACCCUAUUAUAAAAUACCUCAAAACUAAUUUAGUUAUGUUGUUUAACAAUGACAUUGUUAAAGGCCAAAAAGUUCAUAUGAAAUGUUUUUUUGCAUUUUUUUAUACUUUGUGGUACUGUCCGUACUUUGUUUCCCAAAAAAGUAACAUUUUAACUAAAUGGUUUAUUGGAUUUUAGAUCUCUUUUCAUUUGUCAAGGUUACCAGUAAAGCCUUUUCCAUCACACCCUUGUAACU